CCAGCUGCGAGCGUUGAUGAGCGCGCGGAAGCUAAGCAAUGACACAAUGACGCUCCAUCACAAUGGGUAUGUAUCGUUGGGAACUUUAGUGGCCGCCAAUUGAUAGUGACUUUGUUGGACGCUUCAGUUCACUACAAAACGUUGAUGUGCGCGGUCGUUGGCGCGGUUGACAGGCAAAAACAAAAGCAAAGCGGUGAAAUUACAAUAUAAUAACAAAACGUAAAUACGUUCAAAUUGCGCGAGAAACCGGUUGAAUAAGCGCCUAUCAUUUGCACUAAAAUACCGGCUGCUUAUUUGCAAGUGUGUAAUUAGUGGAGACGAGUGAUAAAAGAAGAAAACAAAAUUAAAGAAAUUAAAAAAAAAAGAAUAAUAACGCACAAGCAAUGACAAACGAUACGUACAUACAUACGUACAUAUGUACAUGCAUUUACCUAUACAGAAACAAAAACUUUGUUUGACAAAUAGUGACCACAUACGCUCCGCACACACCCCCGUUCAAACAUCAUGGAUUGUGAAGUAUACACAAAAAUACAUAUAUACAAUAUUUGCAAUACAUAUUUACUUAAGGCAAAUACGCGCACAUUUUAUAUACAAAAUACUAUUUAAGUACAUACUGACAUCAAAAAAAAAAAAAAAAAAUCACAAGUAAACAUACAUAUGUAUGUUUCCACCUGGAUGACACAUACUAUUGGCUUAAUUGUAUAAUUGUUGUUUUUGUUGUAUUUGAGUAGUGUUUUCACGGUUGUUAUUAAAGGACUGACCGGUCUGUUCGACGUUGAAAUAAACAAAAUAAAUUUGUCGCAUUCAAAAGCACAAAAAAGAAGGUGACGAAGUUUCUUAAGCCUAAGAUAAAAAAAAACCACACACACAUAUACGUAAAUACUCAUAUGUAUACACGAAAAUAAAUGUACUUAAGAUAACGAUCAAGUGUUGCAAAAAAGAAAUAAUGAAGAGUUAAAAGGCUAAAGAGGCGAAGAUAACACCGAGCACAGCGAGCGAAAAGAAGAUUGUCCAACGUAAAUAAACCAGAAGAGAGACAGAACGGUAGCGCUGUAGGGUAUUACAGCUUUUCACAGGAACCAGACCAAAAACAAUGGCACAAACACAUACACAAACGUUUUUUCGCAGAUUUCCACUGCAACUUGUCUUUAUCGGCUUGGCGCUCACCAUUUGCCUACCGCCCCUAGUGAUCGCUUACAAUGAGAACUUUCAUCAACGCGAUGGCAUUCAUGUGCCUUGUACCUUCUUUGAUACGGUCAAUGUAACGGGCGAUCAGCAUUUCCCCAACGGUUCAUAUCUACACGAUGGCAUUAUGAUCCCCCCACAACUGAUCGGCACCUACGACUACAUUUACACCGAUCUCGUGCGGCGUGUCGAAGUGGAGUCACAUGUGCGAGCUUGUAUUUGUAAACUGAAGCCAUGCAUUAAUAUCUGCUGUCCGUGGGGUGCAAGUUAUAGUACCAAUGAGAGCGCUUGUGUCAACAAUACCGACUAUAAGUGGCCCCAGCCGCUGUUAAAUUUGACUAUGCCAGGAGAAACGUUGAAGGUGGUGAAUAUUUUUAAUGAAUUUGCUGUGCAGAGUUUUCGACCAUGUGAAUAUAUGUACUCAUUGCAACCGGAGCUCGGCUCUUUCGACGAUUGGAAGCUGUUCGAGAAUGGCACAUUACUGCGCGUGCUCGACAUGGUCUAUCUCAGCAAAAACGAAUUCUGUUUCCAUCCGACGGUGGCGAAUGAUACUAUAGACACUAUGUACAUCAUCAAUCCGGCUAAUUGCAACUAUGACACAGAUUACAGCACCAUUAAGACAAUAAAUGCUUAUGCCAUGUUGUUUUCCAUACCGUUCAUGAUACUCACCAUUGUCGUUUACUUGAGCAUACCGGAGCUGCGCAAUCAACACGGCAAAUCGUUGGUUUGCUAUUUAAUUGGACUCAUUAUUGGUUACUCGUUGCUUGCGAUAAGUUCUUUGCAAUUGGAUGCCUACUCCAGUCUAGCGUUCUGCAAGUCGCUUGGUUAUGUCGCCUAUUACUUUUUCAUGGCAGCAUUCUUUUGGCUGAGUGUUAUCAGCUUCGAUUUGUGGCAUAAUUUCCGUGGCACGCGUGGCAUUAAUCGUUUUCAGGAGAAGAAACGUUUUCUGGUCUAUUCGCUUUAUGCCUGGGGUAUACCGGUGCCUUUUUUGAUCUUUACGUGGUAUGCGCAAGAAAUUGCGGCUAUACCGGAUUAUUGGAAACCUGGUAUUGGCGGUGGCGAGUAUUGCUGGUUGGACAUGCGCACUUGGUCAGCGAUGGUUUACUUCUUUGGUCCAAUCGUUCUCAUAAUUAUGGCUAACAGUAUAAUGUUCGUCUUAACUGCCAUGAAGAUACACAGGGUUCAACGAGAAAUGGCGCGUAUAAUGGCUCGCGAGGAUAGCACCAAGAAUUUACGUACCGAAAAGGAUAAAUUCGGUCUCUUUUUGCGCCUAUUCAUUGUCAUGGGCGUCAUAUGGUCUAUGGAGAUAUUUUCAUAUUUUGUCGGCGCCGAUAAAGGCUGGGCCAAGAUCUUCUACAUUUCGGACAUAUGCAAUGCCAUACAAGGUUUCCUCAUAUUCAUGUUGUUUGUCAUGAAGAAGAAGGUCAAACAUUUAAUAACAAAUCGAAUGAGUGUAGUAACUAAUACCAAAAGCGACAGCAAGCAGGUCGCAGUGAUCAACAUAGCGCCAUAAUAACAAAGGUUCGCAUACAACUGCUACUGCUGCUGCUGAGCUAAACGCUACACAUACAGCGGCGGUCACAAGCAUAAAAACACCAAAAAAAGAACAAAAAAAAACAACAAAAAGAACUAAAAAUGUUGCUACCUGCUACCUGUUGCCUGCCAUUCGUUUCCCGCCAUGCAUUCUCACCUGCCUUCUGCCUCCUGCAAAAUUAAACAAAAACAAAAAACCUACCAUAGUUUACUCACAUUAAAUUGGCUUAUGAAUAUGCUAAAGACUGUAUCUACUUAUGUUAUAAUUGUAAACUGUGUCACCAGUAGUCAACUACUCUAUGUAAAAAACGAAAUUGAAACAAAAACAAAAACAAAACUCAUAACGUUACUUACUCGCUACUCGUCACUAGUGACUCUUCAAAACAAGCGAAUAUGUCAAAUUAUAAUUUAUAAUUGAUUUCUCGAAAGCCUACUCAAGCGCCGGCCGCCGGGUACAAGCCACACGAACUCAACCAGCUCCACGAAUUCUGAUUAUAAUCAAAAUCCCGAUAAGUAUGCAAUGAAAAUGAAGUCAUCACAGGCGCUGCGUGGCAGUGAUCGCUUCUAGCGAAGAGCUAUUCGUCUACACGUGACAGCAGCAACCAGCGUCAGAGCCAGUACUCAACGAAGACAACGUCCAGCAGUGUUGGCAAUUUAACGCUCUCGGCUGCUGGGCCCGCUGAGAGGCCGCUAAUGUUGCCAACCGAACGGACGACAAGUUUGAGAAAUUAAAUUGCAAAGAUGAAAUGAAUGAAAAUGAAGUGAUUUAAACGAAAUAGAUACAAGUCAAAUGAAAUUGAUUAAAGAAAUUGAAAUGGAUUGAAUUGAAAAAUACUUUCAAGCCUGUUGUUGAAUAUUGAGAGAGGCGGACAAUUUGUGUGAGGUAAAACAACGUGGAAAAUGUUAAAGUCUUAAAAAUGUGCAGAGGUGGAGUAUAGAAAAAUCACUGGCAGCCGCAAAAAAAAAUUGAAAAUAAAUUAAAACAAAAAUCACAAAUCAUAUUUAGCACGAAGAUGAGCCUGAGACGUAGGUUUUAAGUUAUAAAGCAUAGCACUUAACUACUUUUAAUAUUAAUUUACAUCUUUAUGUAUGUAAAGUAAGAAACAGCUUUUGUGAAAGUGUCAUAUUUUUGUUGUACCAUAUGUAUCUAAGUAAUUCAUUUAAUUAUUUAGUUUGCUUUAAAAUAUAUCUAUAUAUAUAUGAAAUUAGCGAGCCAUAUAAAACAAAUAUAAAAGACAUACAUAUAUAUGUACAUAAAUACUGUAAUACAUAUAAACGCAUAUAAACACGCGCAUGCACAUAAGAACAAUGAAAUAAAAAUAACUAACUGUACUUAAGAUAACUAAGUUGUGAGUUUAUAUUUAAAUUCUUAAAUGCUAAAGGCUGCAAGGGGUCACAGCGGUGGUUAGUUAAAAAUUUCAAAGAUCAAAAAUUGGUAUUAAGUUUAUUAAAAAAUUUGUUUCUAAUGAAAAAUAUAUUUAAAAUUAUAUACAAUAAAUGAAAUAUUUUUAAUUUUUUAAUUUUUCUUUUAUUAAAAAAUAAAUUAAUAAAGUAAAAAAAUAAUAUUUAAAAAAAAAAUCGAAAAAAUGGUAUUAUGAAAUAGUAAUAAAAAAAGCACAUAUUAUUAAAAGAAUAAAAAAAUGUAUAUGUAAAACAAAGCAUUAAUGAGUUAUUUGCAACUUGCAAUGUUUUGUUCUUAGUUUUUAUUUUUAAAUUUACAUUUAAUCAAAGAAAUUUAAGUGGAAAUUUUUGAACAUUUGUCUCAAAAUCGUCUCACGAAAAAAAAAGAAUAUUUAUUUGUGUAUUACUACCAGUUAAUCUAUGAAAUACUUAUUUAUUAAAUAUACCGUUAUUUCACAAAAAUUGUUUGAUUCAAAAUUUCUUCGAACGUUAAUGCGAUAAAAAAAUUUUAAUUUGCCUGAAUUAGCCUGUUCACGUCAAUAACAGUUCAACAUAACCUCAAAUUAUUUUUAUUUUCAAAAAUGCUUAGUAAUUCGUAGAGCUCAGAAACAAAAAUUUUAUUCGUAAUUAAUGACGUCUAAAAAGCUUUUCGUAGAAUAUAUUUGUUUGUGGAAUUUUCUUUAAAAAACAAAAAAACUCUUUCGUUGGGUAGCGUUUCAGAUUCGAGGGUUUUAGUCACCAUUGACCGGUUGAAAAGCUUCUUAAUUAAAUCCGUUAUAUAGACAAAGCGCCUAGAGCUUGCCACGAAUUUGCAUACAUAGGUUAUUUUUUAUUUAGAAGCGUGUAGCAAAAGAACGCUCAGUUAAUAGUCAAAUUUCUUUAACGGUUUAAAUCUACAGAUGUGCUAACUGUCAGCCUUCACUUUUUCCCCAUCAACUGAACUCGCAAAAUAAAAAGUUAGAUGCAAGACUGGCUAGCGGCUACUAAACUCACAAUAACAAUCAUACAUAAUAGGCGUGUUGGUAUCAGUAAAAUUGACUUACCAAAAUCUGUAAGUAUGCACAAUUUUUGUCAUUUAUGACACACAGUGCAAGAAAAGUUUCAGUAAUUUUUAGAAGCAAUCUUACCUGGAAAAGAAAAAACAAUACGAAAAUCGUUAUAAGAGCUUGUAUGUAUGUGCCUUUUAAACUUAAAAUAUGUAAAAUAUUUCUUAUUCAUAUAACGUCAUAACAGUAAAAUGUAUUUAAUUACACUCCAUUUGUAUGUUAAUGGGCUUAUGUGUAUGCACAUGCGCAGAGUCAUAGUUAAAUAAGAAAAUCUUGAUCAUCCUUUGCUUCAUUCCUUUUUUUUUUUUUAAAAUACUAUAUACAAGUACAUAUAUUUAAUAUUUUUUUUUUUUUAAUUUAAUAUUUUUAUUAUUGAAUAUUUUUUUAUAAUUUUUUUAAUAAAUUAUUUACAUAAAACUUUCACUUAUUAAGUAUGAAUUGUUAAUUAAUAUAAAUAUUUUUGAUUUGAAUAAAAGUGUAAAAAACACCAAAGAGAUAA